UUAAUUACAGGGAGUGUUUCGUUUAGUUUCAAUGGCGGGGGUACUUUUUAUCGUGAACAUACCAUGUAAAGAACACGAAGAAGACUUAAGAGAGAAAGUUAAAUCCUCAAAACUCUUAAUGCAAAAAGAAAAAUACGAGCACACGUCAAAAGUAAUCCGGGAACUGAAGAAAAACAAAAAAUUCGGAAACUUAGCGUUCGAAUCGUAUACAUACGAGGAGAAAGGAUUGCAGAAUUGUAAGUCGAUGGAAUGUGUGAACGGUAGUAGUGAUUACGGGUUAGUGAAGUCUAAGAGUGAUAAUAUGUUGAAUGAGAGUUACAAGUGGGAUGUGGGGAGCCAGUUCGACAGGAAGUCUUGGAGAGUGAAGCAGGCGAUAAGGCUGCGGAAGAGGAAGUUGCGGAUUUCACGGCCUCUCUGCAUCACGGACGUGCUGACUGCUUUUCACUGGGACACGCCUCUUGAGCUGAUUCUGUCCGAGGUUAUCACACAACUUGGAAUUGAUAACGCAACAUGGACAUCUACCAGAGGAGACAAGUACUGGCAGGUGCUAUUUUCCCUGGAAUCCAGUGACGUGUGUGAAGAGCUCCUCCAAGUCCUGGGCAAGUUCGGCAUCGGCUCCCGUUUCCAGUCCUCCGUGAGCUUGAUUCCUUGCGCGCUCCAUUUUAAAGCCGCCGAGACUGACCUGCCGCGUAAUGGCAGUGAGAAAUUUAGAAGCGCCGACGCUUCCGCCUGGACCCGUUUCUCUUCCUCCGUCCGCGCCCGCACGAACUUGGCCCAAGUUCUUCACGACGUACGAGCGGAGGCCGCGCUGACCUUUGAUUGGCUGUUCCUGCUGCUCGUGGCUGCCUUCGUAUCAGCCAUUGGGCUAGCGGAGAACUCCACUGUCAUACUAGUCGCUAGUAUGCUGAUUUCGCCACUUAUGGGUCCCAUAACAGCGGGCACACUGGGCACGGCCGUCCGGGACCGCUCACUGCAGCAGAUGGGCGUGCUACAUGAGCUGCUGGGGCUGUUCCUUGCGUUGGUUGUUGGCUUUCUCUUCGGCCUGACCAUCAGCGCCGUGGACGAACGCUAUGGUAUCGGCCAGUGGCCUACGGAUGAGAUGAUGGCGAGGUGUGAACUCCGCUCGCUGUGGGUGGGAGUGCUGGUAGCGAUACCUAGCGGCGCUGGAGUGGCAGUAGCCGUGCUUGGAGAAUACACCGCUUCACUAGUCGGCGUUGCCAUCUCCCUGUCGCUGCUGCCACCUGCAGUUAACGCUGGAUUGUUAUGGGCGAUGGCGUUAGUCCACCUGAUAUUUGCUGACGACCAGAACUUUACCGGAGUAGUGACCACAUUCUACUAUAGCAACGACCCGCCCACUGAGCUGGCGAUCCUCGGCUCGGUAUCGCUGUGUCUCACACUCGUCAAUAUUGCCUGCAUAUUCCUUGCAGGCGUCGCUGUUUAUAAGAUUAAAGAAGUAUGUCCCCUGGAUGGACGAGACAUUUUAUGGUGGAGAGUUAAUCGCCAUUCACAGAGGUCCCCGAAGCGAAAUAUUCUGAAGAAAAACAACAAUAUAUCGUGGGAAAAAUACAGCAAUUGGUCGAACGAGUGUUCUAAAAAGGAUCAGCAGGAAGACGACGGGAAGGAGCCGAUAAUCUCGCCGGUUCAGAGUGACACGGUCACCUACAGGAGAGAAACGCCUGCCAUUCGGCGCAUGAGAGCUCAAAAUAUAGAGGAUUAUUGCACACAGACAGAACAGUUCAAUUCAACGCCCCAAAAUUAUGAACAAAAUAUUGAAGAUGGAAGACACAUCUACAACAGCAUAGAUAGUAUUACGCCUAAAACAGAUAUAUCAAUAUCAGACAUACGAUUUUCCAACAACAUACAGAGCGAACACUUUUAUAACAAAGACUGUAUUACAGAUCUCGAUGACAUUAAUAGCUUCUGUAACGUAGGUUUCGAAGAGCAAGAAAACUAUGAAAAAGAAAACUUACGUGAUCAAGGUGAACUGUCGUCGAUGCCCGUUAUAGAGCCGUCUUCGAAUCUCACGGUGGACGCGCAGCGGCGGGUGGUUUUAGCUAGUAAGUCUUAUAAUGUUUGAAUAUGUUGUAAUAAUAUUAGUAUUAA